GUCAUGUAGGAAUCCGUCGCCACGAUAUUCUGAAAUUCGCGCGAUUCUCUACUACCUUAAAUACUGUUGUACAUUUUGUUUUCUUGUCGGCACCCCAAACAGUAAUAAUAAUUGCAUUGUGAAAAUGGCAUUACGCCUCACUCGCGCCGCCCGGCUUUCGAGACAAUUCGUAAUAUUCUCACGCUUCCGCAACCAACAGCCUAUCCGCUACGCCUCCAACGACACCAAUAAUUCUAGCCCAUUUCAACCAACGCCCUCCCCACUCCGUCUUCCACCUGAUCAGCAAGCUGAGUUCGAACGCCUGCAGCGCACAGCCAAUACCCAAGAAGGCUUCAACCCGACCUCGAUCCCGGACUUCAGCUCUCCCGUCUCUUCCGCAGUUACCAGCGAUCUGUCCUCGGUAGAAGCUAACGCGGUCGAGACGCCCACACUCGACGAUGAAUUCGGAUCUGUGCCUCUUCGCAAGGGCGCCCCGCCCGAGUUUGAGGGAGACGUAAACCCGAAGACCGGCGAAGUCGGUGGUCCCAAAAACGAGCCCCUUCGCUGGGGACCUGCUGGUGAUUAUAGCUUCAAUGGCCGGGUUACCGAUUUCUAAGAGAAGAGAGACGAGAGGCGGUCUCAGCUUAUAAAUUGGUUGGUUUGUCUAUAUCUAUGUCCUGCUUAGCAUUAAUGGACUACGGAUUGGUUAUGGUAUUUGGUGUAGAAGAGAAGAUCUCUAGACCUUAAAACGUGGUACCGUUCUUUCUGUAUACGCAAGCACAGGGCGAGUGAGGACGAAAUUAGGAAGAGGCGAGAAUACCCAGACUAAGAUACGCAGCGCUCGUGUCCAGUUUAGUCAAGUCAUAAUAAUAGAAUAUACCCAAGGAUAUACACAUGUCUCGUAC